AUGAAGCAGAUGGCUGUAUCCUACUCUGCCCUGGACACGACCUGCAAAGAGACAUCAGACUACUUUAGACAACUACAUGAACACUUCAUUGUGGAGGAGCAUCGACUCAUAUCACCAAUGAUCGCCGAGAUGGACAAGGCUGCAAAGGCCAUCAAGGGUUCAGUCUCGGAGGCUGCUGACAUUAUGAGGGUGUACAAUACAGCUGGCGGCAUUGGCGGCGUCGGCCACGCACUCAAUGAUUGCAACACAGAUGAUCUCGUGCAGGCAAUCAAACAAAGUCACUCAUUCGAACAGUUCAUGGACGUGGCAUUCCCUUCGUCAUCAUCAUCAUCGUCCGAGACUGAUGAGAUGCCAACAACAAGCAAUGAUCAUGAACUUCUGACGUUGAUUGUGAAUAGGCUUGACCAGGUCGCACCUGCCACGGCAUCAUUCAAACCAACUCUGGCGUACACACUCCUGGUGGACACAAUGCUCCUGGAGGACAUCAAGAGGCAGAUGAGAUCAACCAUCACACUACUAGAGUCUGCGCAGAGUGUUGCCGAGCUUGACCAGGUACUCUCGUUCAGUGACUCUGAUGAUUGCACUUAUUUGCUCUCCCCAGUGUCUGCCGAGUGGACGGUGACGGACGGUGGCCUUGAGCUAGAGUCGGUGAUCGCACCGGCUGCAGUUGUCAAUGCUCGUGGUUAUGUAUAUGUGUUUGGCGAUGCAUCUGGUCAAUAUGCAAUGUUCUCACUCAUUGAUCGACAGUGGACACUGGAGACGGCUGAGGGCAUGACGCGACAUACUGGUGUCUCAGCAUGCUAUGAUGGCUCGCGACACAUCUACAUCUGUGGCGGCAAGAUCUUGGGUAGCGCUUGCAACAAGAUCACAUGCUACGAUGUCGAGACCAGGCAGUUCAGGUCUGUGGGCCACCUGCCAGACGAUGUGACCUCAGCCUACAGCUUCUACCGCGAUGGACUGUUGUUCAUAGUUGGUGGAGAGGCCGAGAGAAUGUACAAUCGAACGCCCUAUCACAGGAUCGUCGUGUACAACAUCCACACUACAAAGUCACAUGUAUGGCUGGACAACAUUGAGUACAAAUCACUCAAAUCAUGUUGUUAUGAUGGCAAUGACAAGCUGUACAUGGUAGAUGGCACGUGCGCAUUCUUUCACAUAUCAUUGGCGACCAAACAUCGAACUGAUCUGUGUUCGGCACCUUCUGGAGUGGACUUCAACUCACUCCAAUACGUGCCCAGCAUCAACGGCAUCAUUCAACUCUGUGGAAAAGGAAAGAACUUCAAGUACUCAAUCCGUGAUGAUACCUGGAUGAUCUUCAAUGACUAUGAUCAACUCAAAACUCGAACCAACUAUGUCUCAUGUCUAGUCCAUGCUAGUCAAUGA